AUGGCAGUUGACUCCUCUUUACCAGAUAUUCCAUCAGAAUCGACCUCGCUCCUGGCUAAUGACCAUGAACGUCCUACACAUGGCAAGUCCACCUCUCGGAGGGGACAGCAGGUCCUGCUGCUUGCCUGUCUUGUAGCGGUUACUCUGGACUUUGGCGCCUACCUCUCCGUUGCACCUCAGCUCCAGUUAUACGAGUCCAUCAUCUGCCAGCGCUUGCAUCCUGAGCUCUUCGACGGACUGCUACCCGCAGCCCCCAUCGCAUCUUGUAAGGCGGCUGAUGUGCAAGGGGAGUUGGCGGUACUCAAAGGGUGGAUGAGCACUUUCGAUCAGCUUCCGAGCAUCAUCCUUGCCCUUCCGUACGGUCUGAUGGCGGAUCGAGUCGGUCGCAAGCGGGUCAUGUUGCUGGGAUUGGUUGGGUUUACGCUGCAGGAGGUUGCAAUCCGCAUCAUUUGCUGGUAUCAUACAGUCAUUCCUCCCCAGGCAAUCUGGUUCACGCCACUGUUCCAAAUCUGUGGUGGCGGCACAGCAGUAACAAACGCUGUAGCUUGGACAGUUAUAGCAGAUGUCUAUCCGGCAGAGAAACGUGCCAACGCAUACUUUGUCUUGUCCGCGGCUAUCCUGGCGUCUGAAAUACUAGCAGCUCCAUUGAGCGCCUGGAUGAUGUCCUCCAGUCUCUGGGCACCUUACAUGCUAGGACUAGCCUUUGAGAUAGUCGGACUUCUCACUGUCUUCAUGAUCCCGGAAACCAAACCGAAAUCAAUCGAUGAGCCUCUGGUUGAGUCGGCAGACGAGUUUGAAGCACCCGAAAGGCUCACUUACUCAUCCAUGUGGUCGAAUACUAUCCGCUCUGCUCGCGCCCAGAUCCACCAGGUGACUGACUUUUUCUUCGAAUAUCCAACUGCCAUCGUCAUUUCAUUUACAUUCUUGCUUUCCGGCUUUGGGCUUGAGGCGCUUCAAUUCAUGGUUCAAUAUGCCUCCAAGCGUUUUUCGUGGAGCAUGGCAGAGGCCAGUCUUCUCAUUUCCAUCAAGGGCGGAUUUAACCUCGCGUCUUACCUUGUCGUACUCCCUCUGGCGUCAAAGAUCCUCGAGGGGUAUCUUUCUCCUGUCCGGAAGGAUCUCUGGGUCUCCAAGGCCAGUGCAUGUGUCAUGACGGUGGGAUUCGGCUUCAUGUCCCUCGCGUCCCAUCCAGCACCAUUCAUCAUCGGGGUGGCCCUGACCGCCCUCGGAUGGGGGUUCUAUGCCUCCCUCCGCAGCGCCGGGAGUGCGCUGGUUGGGGAGGGUCACGUUGGACUCCUCAAUACAUCCAUUGCACUGGCCCAGGGGGUCGGACUCAUGGUGGCUGGGCCUCUCACGGCCGGAUCCUUGCGAGUGGGAAUGGCCUGGGAGGGGGUUUGGAUGGGGUUGCCGUGGAUGAUUGGGGUUGUCUUGUUUGCGGCAGCUGGGUUGGCGGUUGCUUCUCUCCGCGUCCCCACCGAGUAG